AGUAAUUUUCUCAUUUGAUAGACUUCAGUCGACUCUUCGAUUUCCACCGGUGCCUUUGCUUGAGCCGUUUCACCGGAAAGAAAUGGUUCUUACACAUUUCACCGGCACUGGCGUUGGAUUCGGUUUUGGAGCUGGUUGCGGUUUUGGUGUAGGAUGGGGUUUCGGAGGUAUGCCAUUGAACUUGGGUCUUGGUGCAGGUGGGGGCUGUGGGAUCGGAGUAGGUCUUGGUUGGGGAUUCGGCACUGCAUUUGGUAGUCAGUAUCGGUCAUCAAGGGUCACAUUUCAAGGAGUGGAAUUCGACAGCAAGGAAAAAGGUAUCAGCAACGAGUUCUCAAAGGGCAGUUCUCAAGUUGCCCAACACAAAUCCAACAGGGAUUGCUGGGUGGUGGUGUAUGGCAGAGUUUUGAACGUGACCAAGUUCUUGGAGGAACACCCAGGAGGGGAUGAUGUGCUGCUAGAAGUUGCAGGUAAGGAUGCCACCAAAGAGUUUGAUACUAUUGGGCACAGUGAGGGAGCCAAAAAUAUGCUCUCCAAGUUCCAAGUGGGAGUACUGCAAGGUCACACAAUCCAAGACCUAGGCGGUAAGGACGAUGCAACCAACGAACCUGCCAAGAAAGAGAUGAGUGCCUUUGUGAUCAAAGACGACGCCACCCCCAAAUUCAAGGCCAUCUUUGACUUCUUUGUUCCUUUCUUGGCCGCUUCUCUCUAUCUUGGUUACAAGUGCGUCACCCGAUCAGACCAGAUUGCUUAGGGAGCGCCAUCGAGUUCUUCACAUUUCUCAGUUCAUGGUCAGGUUCAUUAAGCAAGGGUUCGACUGUAGAAUCGCGUGGUUCCUAGUCGCCAACUUCAUGUUUAAGUUGUCUCCUCUAUAUUGUUUUCCUGUCAAAUGUCUCCUUCGAAGCUAUAGACUUGGGGAAAUCAAGCAAUUGCUUCGGUGCUUGUUAUUAACAAUCAAACAUUUGCCAUCCA